AUGGAAAAGGAUGAUUAUUAUAAAUCUUCAGAAAAGUAUGAAAUAUGUACAAGUUUUGAAAAUAUAGGAAUAGAUGAAGGUUUGUUAAGGGGAAUUUAUGCAUAUGGCUUUGAAAAACCAUCAGCAAUUCAACAAAGAGGUAUAAAGCCAAUUUUGAGUGGCCGUGAUGUGAUUUUACAAAGUCAAAGUGGAACAGGGAAAACUUGCGUUUUUGCUUUGGGAGCUUUGAAUUGUGUUAAUAGAAAUUUAAAUGAGACACAAGUAAUUAUUUUAUCUCCAACAAGAGAGUUAGCAGAACAAACUCAGAAAGUAUGUCUAGCUUUGGCUGAUUAUAUUCAUGUAACUAUUUAUUGUUGUAUAGGAGGAAAAAAAAUUAGCGAUGAUAUAAAGGCAUUAAAUAACGGAGUUCAUAUUAUUAGUGGUACUCCAGGAAGAAUAUAUCAUAUGCUUAACUUAAGACACUUAAAAUGUAAAUAUAUUAAACAACUAGUUAUAGAUGAAGCAGAUGAAAUGCUAAACAAAGGAUUUAAAGAACAAGUUUAUGAUAUUUAUCGAUUUUUAUCUCCAAAUACUCAGAUUAUAUUAUCAUCAGCUACUUUACCACAAGAAGUGUUAGAAAUAACUAAUAAAUUUAUGCAUAAACCAGUGAAGAUUUUGGUAAAAAGAGAUGAAUUAACUUUAGAAGGUAUUAAGCAAUUUUUUGUAUCAAUUGAAAAAGAACAGUGGAAAUAUGAAACGUUGGCCGAUUUAUAUGAAAGUUUAACUAUUACACAAGCUAUUGUCUUUUGCAAUACUAAACUAAAAGUAGAUUGGCUAACAAAAAAAAUGUUAGAAUCAAAUUUUACUGUGUGUAAAAUGCAUGCAGGAAUGAGUCAAAGUGAAAGAGAUGAUAUUAUGCUAAAGUUUAGACAAUGCAAAUUUCGUGUUUUAAUAUCUACUGAUAUAUGGGGAAGAGGGUUAGAUGUACAAGAAGUUUCAUUAGUUGUUAAUUAUGAUUUACCAAAUUCAAGAGAAAGUUACAUUCAUAGAAUUGGUAGAAGUGGAAGAUUUGGAAGAAAAGGAGUUGCCAUCAAUUUUGUUAAAAAUGAUGAUAUAAAAAUUUUAAGAGAUAUUGAACAAUAUUAUUCAACUCAAAUUGAUGAAAUGCCUAUGAACAUAACAGAAUUGUUAUAA